CUUCGGGUCUUUAUAACGGCCUCAUAGUAGUUCCUGAAAGAAUUCGCUAAUUACAGAUCGCCGGUUUCCUUCAGGAAAAAUCGUCGCUCCUUUGAUUCUCAAGCUCAGAACAAGGUGAUAUUCAUGUAUUCCAGAAGUACAGUGGCAUCUGCUGUUUCCUGUGCAUCGGGAAACAAGAAAAGCUCUGGAGUUUUGGUUGGUUUGCUCCCAGGAUUCCUGGGAUAUUCUGGUUAUUUUGUUAACUUCCACUUGUUAAAGGCCAUUGUUAGGAGCACAUAUUCAUCAGCUGUUUUUGGUAUUCGUUGAGGGUCCUUGCCUUAGCUGGAUCAGUUACUGGCUUGUGUGCCUUCAGAUUCUUGGAGCUCUUUCCAUUAGCCAAUCUAUCAUUCCUGGAGAUGGUUUCUUCUGGUAUACCUGGUUUAACCAAGAAUGGUGUUCAGAAGCUCUGCACCAUGAAAAUACUUUUACCGAUCGGUCCACCUGAUACUAUUUCAGCUGACCAUGAGGACUUAGAUUUUUCUGAUGUUUUUGGUCCCACCUCAGAUAAUUUUGUCCCACGAGCAACUUCUGAUGUUAAAAAUUAUGAUACCCCAAUGGUCAUUCAAAACAGGUCGCAUGCUCUAGUUGGGCCAUCUCAUAUUAGCCAGCUUUUGCAGCUCACUUCACUUGAAAAAAACAGCUUACUGGAUCUUGUAGAGUGCUCCACAAUUGACACUGAUGUUCACCAAGAGAAGGCAUGCACUAAUGAUGUUGUAGAGAAAGAUAACCAAACAGAGGAGGUUUCAGGAGUAGGACUUGAUGAUUUUGAAGUAUUGAAACUUGUUGGACAAGGGGCUUUCGGCAAAGUUUUUCAAGUGAGGAAAAAAGGCACUUCAGAAAUAUUUGCAAUGAAGGUUAUGAGAAAGGAUAAGAUAAUUGAAAAGAAUCAUGCCGCUUACAUGAAAGCGGAGAGGGAUAUAUUGACAAAAGUUGACCAUCCAUUUAUUGUCCAGCUUAGAUAUUCCUUUCAGACAAAAUACCGAUUAUACCUUGUGCUAGAUUUUGUUAAUGGGGGACACCUAUUCUUUCAACUGUAUCAUCAUGGUUUAUUCAGGGAGGACUUGGCAAGAAUAUAUGCAGCUGAGAUAGUUUCUGCUGUCUCCCACCUUCAUGCAAAUGGGAUAAUGCACAGAGAUCUUAAACCUGAGAACAUCCUUCUGGAUGCUGAUGGCCAUGUGAUGCUGACGGAUUUUGGGCUUGCGAAGGAAUUUGAUGAGAAUGCUAGGUCGAACUCUAUGUGUGGAACUGUAGAAUACAUGGCACCGGAGAUUAUUACUGGGAAAGGCCAUGACAAGGCUGCUGACUGGUGGAGCGUUGGAGUUCUUUUAUUUGAAAUGCUUACAGGAAAGCCACCAUUUAUUGGAGGUAAUCGAGAUAAAAUUCAGCAGAAAAUAGUGAAAGAAAAGAUGAAGCUUCCAGCUUAUUUGUCCACUGAAGCCCACUCUCUGCUAAAAGGACUGCUGCAAAAGGAAGUGAUCAGGAGGCUUGGCAAUGGACCAGGUGGAAGCAAUGAGAUAAAGAAUCACAAGUGGUUUAAAUCAAUCAACUGGAGGAAACUGGAUGCCAGGGAAAUACAACCGAGCUUCAGACCCAACGUUGCUGACCAAUUAUGCAUUGCAAAUUUUGAUAAGAAAUAUACCAGCAUGCCUUUGCUUGAUUCUCCGGUCGCCAGUCCGGUCGCCGGUGACUGCGACUUCUCUAAUUUCUCGUAUGUGAGGCCCAGCAAUUUCCUUCAGAAACCCAGCUUUUUGCAGAGCAAGAUACAUUCUGCAUUGGGAGGAACUAUCGACAACUGAAAAAAAAAAGGUAUUUACAUACAUACCAUUUUAUAUCAUAUUAUUUAUAUAUCUAAUAUCCACAUCUUUAAUAUUUCAUGGCAAUCAUUCAUAGACAACUUUAUUUUAAGCUAUUUAUAUAUCUAACACCUAAAACUUUAAUAUUACAUGUCUACCACCUAUAGAACAAAUAUGAGUGCAUGUAAUGAAAUAUUAAAGUUUAUAUAAUGGUAAGAAUGAAAUAUAUGGGUGAUAUAUUUGAUAUUAAAAUUUUAUAUGAGUGGUAGGAAUAUAAUAUUAAAAUUUUAGGUGUUAGAUAUAUAAAUAGCAUGAAAUAAAGUGGUAUGUAUGUAAAUCCUUUAAUAUUAAAUAUGUUACUCCUAUAUUUCAGUACUAUAACUCUUUGUCACCCUAUACAUUUUAUUUCUUGCAUUUAUAUUUGAUCUAUGAAUGUUAGUCCUGAAAUAUUAAAGUUGUGUAUUAAAUAUGUAAAUAGCAUAAUAUAAAAUGUGGUAUGUAUGCAAAUCUCAUAAAAAAAAAAAAAAAAGGCAGGACAGAAUUUCAUUGUAUUCAUACAUAUGUGGUUAUCCUAUCUAGUCUUCUCCGCUACUUCAUAUAAUUUCUUUUAUUCUUGAUUUUAUGUAUAUGGAAAAAAAAGAUGCGGGUAAGGAUUUAAGGAUAUGUUUGAGAUAAUUAAUUUUCAACAUUUAGUU